AUGUCACCUCCACAACCGCCUACUCUGUAUUGCCGCCGUUCUUCCCCUCCUCAUUGCGCCAUCUACGUACUCUGGCCCUCCGACCCUGACCUCUCUAUCGUCGACCCCCGCAUUGACGAUGAAGAUGUUGAUAUUGUCUCGCCAAUUGUCUUGCCUAAAAAUAAUAUCCUUGCACUCCCAGUAAGCGUUUUGAUUUUCUGGAGUCAAAUGGAGACUGAUGGAGCUGGUGGUAGUGGAAGUGGUGCCGACGGUUGUGUUGGAGUAGAAAGUGCUGGAAGUCUAGAGCAGGAGAAGAAGACUACACCAGAGGGAGAACAAAGGGUUAAGCGUAAAAUGAAGACUCCUUAUCAGUUGGAACUUCUUGAGAAAACCUAUGCUAGUUAG